AUGGAUGAAGCAGAGAAGUACCAACAAAGGCUACAGGCCAUAGCGGAGAGGCGUCAACAGCAGGAAGACGAGAAGAAGCUGAGGAGGGAGGCAGAGGAGGAGUGGUUGAAGACAGCCCAGGAAAAGAGGAAGUGCUUGAGGGAGCAGUGGCUCAGUGAAACAGCUCCAGCUCCUGUCCCUCCUUCACUUGACGUCUCUCGGCCUCGUCCACCCUUACAGGAAGACACAGCAACGGAACAAACCAAAAGUCAAAAGACGCCUGAGGACGACAAGAAGGAGGCAGCUGAUGCCAGAGAAGAGGAACAAGCCUCCCAAGAAAACAGAGGAUCUGUCAACUGCACGGUCGCAGCCAGAGCGCUCCAUCAGGCUGGCACUGACAAGGACACACAAGUGAAUAAAGAGGCUGAGGAUCACUUCUCCAUACAAAUGGCACAAAGGAUGCUUCAUGAAAGUAGGCAAGAGGGCCGAUCAGUCCUGGGAACGCUGGCAGUGCAGGUCGAGAGAGACCCUCGCACAGGUGCCACCGUCAUCAGGUCAGUGGCCCCCGUGUCGACACCGGCUGGUGCUCCGACGGCUACCGCUGUCUUCGACGAUGGCAGGAAGAGCAUCCACGCUGUCGGCGGGGCGGGAGGUCAACCCUCGACCGAAGAGCUCGGCCAGAUCUUGAGCGUUAUCGAUGGGGUUGGGAUGAAAGUGCUGCUGGAUGAGGUCACAGUCACGCCAAACAAGGCAGAGACAAAGAUAGAGAACGCGGAUGCCAGCAGAGCCCCAGAGGGAAAAGUCCUGUCUUUUUCUACCCAUCACGCCAUUUCAGAGGAGGACAAUAAGCAGCUUGACAGCUCGAGCAGCUACGACUUGGAAACUGAGCCGGGGAUAGAGGACUGUGCUGUGAGCAUGGGAAACAAGGAGGAUAAAAAAGAGGACAGAAGCAUCACUGUGGUCAGAGACGUUGCAGGAGAAAUGGGUAAUGUGAAUGAUCAAAGUUUGGAGGAUGGCCCAGUCACUCUUUUAUUCCUGGGAUACACUGAUUCUACACCUGACCCAGGUCACGGCCAAGACGACCACGAAGGCAUGCUCACUGUGGAACGAGUGAUCAUCACCGAGGAAGGAGAAGAGCUUCUCUUAGGACCCGAAACAUCUGCUUCACUUCAGAAAGGCAGCGAGUCCCAAGACCAAGUGUUUCAGGACGUUCCCCUGCAAGGAGAUGUGGAGGCAGGAGUUAAAGUCCAGGGAGAGGAGGGUGAUAAGGGGCUGCAUAAUUCAUCUUUACCCAGUGUAGAAGAGGGAGGAGGCACUUCCAAGCGCAAGACCUGUCAGUGUUGCUCUGUCAUGUAAGAAAAUGAAAAAAGGGAGAGACUCCCUCAUCAGCCUUAAAUGUCUCAUUUGUAAUAUUUGUGCCUUCCAUCAGACUCUAUAUGCUGCAUUGCUGCCUUAAUGACUAAUAUGAGAGAAUAUACCACCAUCUGGUUUUAUCUUACAAUGAUUCAGGCUCUGAGCAUCCACCACUCCGCUCCACCAAAGAAACAGAUAUUUGUUAUGUUGUAUGUCCUCUGUAGCAGCUGUGGGCUGACAGCAGCUCCGAGGGACUAUUGAAAUCCACUUCUUCCCUCUGGUGGACAAAGCUGAGAAUUUCAACAUGCCCUCCUGCAGGCAUGCACAUACGUCUCAUCUCAAAUGUCUCUGUGCCUUAUCAGCCAAAAAUACUCCAAAUGUUUAGCACUGUUUGCUGUAGGAAUGGAAAAAGCCAAAGAGCGGAAGAAGCAUAUUUUACAUCUUUGGGCACAAUUUGGGGGUUUUAAUGUCGUAAAUCUUACAUGUUGAGUGUCUUAAGGCUUGUUCAGAUGUAUUUAGUCUGAAAAUUCAAGUAAUUCAACAUUUUUGGAAGUCUCUUAUUUCCUUUUUUUUUGCUGAUAAUUAGAUGAGAGAAUGAAUACCACUCUGUACAGUUACGUUGAAGCUACAGCUGGCAUUACAGGAGCAUAUUUACUGCACAGACAUGUGAGUGGCAUCAAUCUGCUCCUCUGACUCUUGGCAAGAAAGCAAAACAUAUUUUCCAAAAUGUCACACUAUAAUUUUAAACUGGACUGUUUUAGAGUUGAAACAUAGAUGAAAGUAACAUGAUUUGGUAUUUCUGCCCCAGAAUUAUAUUGCUGGCAUUGUGAAAAGGCUUUGAAACUGCAUCUUUGAACUCCCUAUAUAUAACAUUUUGAUAUAAUUAAGCAGCAAAAGUUGACAUUGUUGUACAUUGUAGUUGACAUUAAUAUCUGGAAAAAGAACAUUUUACACAGCUCUUUUUUUGUAGCUAGCUAUUUAAAAUCAGGGCUACGGGCCUGCUACAGCACGGCUGUCUGCUGAAGUGUUUUAUUAUUUGUAUCACUGUAAUUUGGUAUAAAAGUGAUUUAUUGUGGAUGUUAGAUAUGAUCUUAAAACAGCAUGUAA